ACGACGGCGGACGCAGCAGUCGAGUGCGCCGUGAGUCGGUUGGUUUAGUGAGGGUCCGGAGAUAUGUAGGAUCGGAGGUGCGACGAGGUGCGAAAUUAGUGCCGGUGGGUUCGCCGGCUGCUCAUGAGGAAAAUGUGAAAUUCGGACAGAGCAUUUAUGCCGUUCGUCAAGCGCGUGGUGACGCCGACGCUGGUGUGUCGCGCCUCGGACGCUGCCCGGACGCAGGCGGACCAGCAGCCGCAGGGUCGGUUGUUGGCCGACGACAGCGAGUUGGUCGCCGUCAGCAACUGCGCCCUCAGCAAUGCCAUCCGCCAGCUGGCGUCGCUCGCCGGACACGCCGACGAGAUCUUCGGACAGCUCAAGACGCAGCUGGGCGAGAUCAACGCGAGGGCGUCCGGCGUGCGCGAACGUCUGCAGGCCCUCGAGGAGCGCGCCGAGAAUCUCAACGCGCGCACCGUCACAGUCCCCGAGGGCGACCUGGCCACCUUUUGGCAACGCAAGACGCACUUCAAGGCGGAGCAGCCGACCAUCAAGGGGCUUUUCACGCCCGAGUCGCGUCCGGCGGAGCUGCAGCGACUGUACGACGCCGCCGGACAGACGCCGGUGCUCAAGAUGAGGCAGCUGGACCGGCUGCGCAGGGACGGCAAACGCGCCUCCAAGAUGUUCAUGUGCACGCCGGUGCUCAGCGGCGAGGAGAACCGCAAGGCCAGGAAAAGGGUCCACGUCAACGACAUUGAAACAAGCAAGCCUGCAGUGUUGUCUCGGAUCCGCGAGUGGCGGUCGAGCGAGGUGCUCGGCAGCGCCGUGGCGCCGCCGGACGUGAGUCUGGCGCCGCUGAUGGACUCGACGAGCCUUCUGGAGCAUUUGCUGCCGUCGCCGGAGGAGCAGCUGAGCGUGAUCGCGCGCCACUUCCCUCCGGAGGUGGUGGCCGUGGACGUGACGGGCCGCAACUUCGACCGGCAACAACGGAGUCGCCGCUCGUUGUCGCAAAUCGACACCCGCCGCGCCGAAAGACACCGAAAGCGGCGAUCGCAGCGGCGAAACACGAUCGCCGGCACCAGCGAGGCGGAACUGCUCAGACAGGCGGCUGAUGGGGCAAGUCAGUUGGGUGGCAGCGAGUCGAUCGAGGUGGACUCGUCCCUGCAGAGUCUGGCCGGCAGCAAACGCAAGGUUUCGGCGGACAAAGUGUCCGAUCGGGUUCUGUGCCACCUGAACAGUCUGCGCGAGUGGGGCCGGCUGCGGUUGUCGCGGGCCCGGGAGGCCCAGCAACAGCAGCCCACCGACCUGUACGAGACCCUGACGCACAUCAGACGUCCGAGGAGCACCAGUCCGCACGUGCGCCUGCGUCCGCACGUCGGACGCAAGAACAAGCACGACGUGCACUCGUCGUCGGGCAACUGGAGCGCGAGCAGCAGCAGCGCCAGGGCCAGCGUCGAGUCCGGCUCGGACCACCGCACCACCUCGCACCUGCCCACGUCCUCCAGCAGCAGCACCUGCGACUCGGCCCUCUCCGUCCGCAGACCCAAGGCGGCCCUGUCAAUCUCUUCGUCCAACUCGAGGGAAUCUCCGGAUCUUCCUGUUUCAGAUUCAACUGGUUUUAAUGAUGGAGAGACGAGUUCGGUCUAUUCCUGCGACACCGAGGGCUACUACACGUCAUUCCACGUGGACAGUGGGCUGAAGACGCUGCGCGAGGAGCCUUUCGAGUCGACCAACAGCAGCGGCAACAUCACCGUGUGCGCCGCUGCCGUGAGCACCAAGGCCCUGAGCUGCGAAAACGAGUACGAGUUGUUCGGCAAGGGCAGCACGAGCACCACGGCCAGUUCGGCGGGGACCAUCUGCACGGUGAAGGCGCCACCGUCGCCGCCCCUGCGGAAGAGCAGCUUGGAGAACCUGGAGGACUCGGACAAGGGUUCGGUGGAGCGGCGGGCGCGCGUCAAGAAGGCGUUGGACACCAACCGCAUCCCCUCCAUGUGCGUCAUCACCCCUCCGGAGAGCGGGGAGGACGAACUGCCCAGUUCGCCGCCACCUUCGGAAGGUCCGCCCAAGCAACGGGCCAGUCCGCAGCUCAAGUCGGCCCUGCUCCCUUUCAACAGCAUCAUGGGCAAGAUGAGGGAGGUCCUGCGGAAGUCCCCGCAGAAGGAAACUCCUCCCCCCACCCCUGUCGAGAGUCCGGUCGAUGAAUACGUGACCAUUGCGUCCAUCGACAGCGUCCGGGUGGCCCACACCGAGUACGUCUCCCUGAACGACCUUCCGCAGCCUGAUUCGGGAAGCGAGUGCAGUUCAAAAUCGCCGGCCAAUUCUCUAGAGAGGCGGAGACGCAACGCCGGCGCCAGGGUGUUGCUCGACUCGGACGGAAAGGUCGUCUACUCCUCGGACAGUCUCAAGAGGAAACCCAAGAACGCGACCUUUGAACCGGGGCCGUGCGUCAAGGGGGCGGACGCGCCCCAAAGUCCACCAAACCGCGCUCAGGGCAGGGUCAUCAUCAAGGCCAAGGAGACGCCGCCCAGCACGCUGUCGCCCCGAAAGCCAGGGGCGCAGGUCGACAUGCUCAAGAUCAUUGAACAGCACGAGCAGCAGGGUGGCUGCGACGAGGGGGUGGACGGAGCGGCGGCGGCGGCGCAUGCCCGGUGCGAGAAUAUCGACCCGCACGGCUGGGCGCGGAUCAGACGCAACGAGAGCUACCGCCUGGCCGCCUCGCAGCACCAACAGCCGUCGGCCGUCGACGAUGUGAAGCGGGUGGUCAACCCGAAUUCGGCCGGUCGCAGGUUCUACGGCGCCAAGAUCAUGGUCGACCCCAACAGCAGGGUGGCGCGCCCCCUGUACGAGGCGCCCCCCGUCGGCCGUGUCACCCUUCCGGCGGACACGCAGCGGGCCCGAGUGCUCAACUCAGGCCUGAUCAAUGGUUCCUCCAACGGGUACCACUACCCGCCUCACAACGGGGUCUACUCGAGCUAUUCUCAGCCCACUCCGAUUGUUCAGCAACAAGCUGCGCCCUUUUGGACGAUGCCCCGUUCAGGCUGGGACCGUCCCCAGCAUUAUCCUCACUCGAGCCUCAACUCGACGCCCACCAAGCAAAACUUCCGGGCUCCUGACUGCAACCUGAGCCCCAUCAGCAGUCCCUCGUCGCCGCUGGCGUCCCCAGGGGCGAGGAGACCCCUCAUUUCCCAACCUAGGUCCACCAUGAGCAAUGAUGAGCUGUACGCAGCCAUCCACAGGAGCAAGAAGAAGAUGAACAUCAAAGAUGACAAUUUCUCUCCAGCCACUUCGAGCUGCAGCAGCCCCGUGGACGGAGACAGAGCAAGUCCCGGCGGGCCUUCGAGCGCCCCGGGCAGUCGCCACAGCUGGAGUCCGAGCAACAUGGAGGUGCUGAACGGGGUCAGCGUGUCCGCGCGCAACAACUUCAAGCGGUUACUGCUGGAAAAGGGUUGUCCCAAGGGCGGCGAGAGGCGCAUGUCGGCCGUCGAGCAGCUGAUGGCCUCCAAGGGGCAGUUCAGUCCGACCCCCAGCCGGCUGGCGCCCCAGCAAACGACGACGCUGCACCACAGUCUAAACCGGCGGCGCUACCGACACACGGACGUCCUCUCGACCACCAUCGCCGAGGAGUCGGAGCCGCAAGGGGCGCACAAACACAUCACUGCCUCCUACCUGCAGCACCGCAUCGACCAGAUGUGCCUCUCGCCACGCUUGUCCGCCUCUCCUCGCAUGCCCAUCAUCACCAGCAAGCCCCUCAGCCCAUCCAAAAUGUCCCUCGAGACCUCUCUGUAGGCUCAAAAAAAGGCAGCAGAGAGGCGCUUUUUUCUAUUUAUUUAAGGUGGAUGUGAAUAUUUAUAAAUUGGUCCGUUGAAUUUAAAAUUUAUUGAAAUUAUUCAUGCAAGAUUCGAUUCUAAUGAAGUCAAUUAAGUUUUAAACAAAAUUUAUUUCCAAAUAGAUAAUUAAAAAAACUAUAAUGACACUUUUAAGGUCAAUUACAGAAGUUUUUCCUUUAAUUUUGGAAUUUAUUCAGAUUAUUCAGAUUAAUGAGUUGAAUUUUAUGUUCUUCAUAUAUAAAAUGAUCACAAUCCAGUUCAGAAACACUAAAAGUAAUGUAUUUUAAAUUUCAGAAUUUGAAAAAUUGAGUUCUAUGGAUAAUUUUGGACCUUUUUAUUGUUUAAUCACAUCAACUUUAAAAAUUCUUGCGCUGGAAAUUUUCAUUCAGUCAUUCAAAUGUCGAGAAAUUUGCUCAGUUUACUUAAUCUGUCUGCAUUUGUUCCGUAAAUGCACAAAGCAAAUUCACCUCCCUUUGUCUCUCCAGUGCUGAAAGUUGUGAUUUUUCGUAUUGAAGCGCCUCCAUAUCUUCGGUUCCUCUAAAUAGUUGUAGUGCCAAAUGGUAAGAGCGGGACCAAACUCGAAGCUCAACCGUGACAAGUGAGUCAAAAUAAAGUCGAGUCUGAAACGCCGCCUACCUCCAGCAGAGUUAAACAAGGAUAAAAUUAAUAAUACUAGAAAUUUCAAAUUUUUGGCCACAUUUUGCCCAGCAUUUUUCUCAGCCUGUCACACCGAAUUCCAACGUAAUUAAAAGUAAAGAAAUCUACACACGCUAUACUAGCCAAAGGGUUAAAUGUCUAAACAAUCAAUACGAGAUGCUUAUAUAAAAAAUACCUAUCACUACUUUUCGGAUUAAAAAUUCAGUGUUCAAAGAAAAGCGUCUAAAGUUGCAUAUUUACAUUUAUAAAUAAAAUGAUGUCGUAAUUGCUCUGAGCAGAAAGAGAGUUUGGGUGUUUCAAAUUAACAUAUCUUGAAUGUAACGAAAAGGGAGACAAAGUAUAAAAAAUCAUAUCUCUUCGAAAUAAAAUUUAUAUAUCGAAUUUCAAAUAAAAAAUGGAAUUUUGGUUUUGUGUGACGGGUGAAUAAAUAAAUAAAUUCAAAUUCGUCAAAGUACAGUCACUGCAGCUCUUUUGCCGAAGCAAAAGAAUUUAAUUAAAAAUUGGCACGUGACCUUACAUUACUCUUGCAUUUAAUCGCUGCAAUCACAUAUAUUUGAUCAAAGAAAUAAUCGAAUUAAUUAAUUGCACUGCUGCUGCUGCUGCCACCGCUGUGUAGGAAAGCAAAAAUCGAAAUGAGCGCAUAAAACAUGGAAUUUUUGAAGCAAUUAAAAACACAUUACGCAUCAUGUGGCCUUAUGUACACGAAAAGAACUCAAUUAGAGACGUAAUUACGGUUAAAAAUCAUUAAAAUAUAAAUAUAUGCCAGGUCAAUUAGACUAGAAUUGCAAUUAUUAUAUAUCAACUCCAGUACUGAAACGAAAUUUGCAUAUUCGCUGAUUCAUAUUAUUAAAAACAAAUAGAGCUGUAUAUAUAAAAAAAUUGUAAUGUUGGUUCUCGUAAAACGUUUCCUGACUUUAUUGAAAAAUGAACGCCGUAGGCCUAAUUUUUGUACAUCAAAUCUUGUGUAAAUAUAUAUUUGUAAAUUUUACUUUUUUCAUGUAUUAACUUAUUUCCCAUUUUAUGAUUAAACAGUGGUUAACUGACGAGUCUCCUUAAUAAAAGUACUUCUGUAAUUUAACAAACAUUAUGUAUUUCCUAUUAGUCAAUUUUUGUAAUUCUAGUUAGUCUCUCCUCUCUUGUUGUUGAGCCUUUGGUUUGUUGAAAUAUUUUUCACAAUAAAAUCAUACAAAACAUGUGGUUUUCGC